UUGACAACCCGCAGUCGGUCCGGUUUAUAUUUUGUUCAGUUUUUGUGUGAGAUUUCGGUGUUCUUAAAAUCCGUAAAAAUGUCCAAAAGCUCCCGCGCCUCCAUCUCCGACAACGUCUCGGACAUCCUCCGCCGCAAGCUAAAAAACCAACGCUCCAUGACGCGUGAACUCCGCCACCCCCCUCCAACCCCAUCCAAACCCCGGGAACGACCGCCCACGCCGGAAGAGUGCUCGGUUCCGAUCGCGGACGGAACCGUGGCGGACGUCAAGGCCAAACUCGGCCUCAUCGACAUGUGCUUUCCGCACAAUCCGACGCCGGCCUUCGAGCAGCGCACCGAGUUUCCCGAGUCGUACAAGCGGCUCGGGUCGAAGGAAAAGCUGGUGCUGCUGUUUGCCGAGAACUUCCGGCGGCAGUACAAGGAGCGGUUCCCCCACCGGAAGCCGCUGAUCCUGGCACUGCCGAACGAGUGUGACGUGCAAAAGUUCGUCUGCACCACGUUGCGGCCGUCGGUGUUUCUGUUUCCGGAUUUGAUCGGGUCGUGGGAGGAGGUGGCUUCGUUUGUGGCCGAUUACAUCGUGUACGAGCCGCUGGUGGACCAGGUUAAUAUGCCGCGGCGGCUCCUCUCGCCGGACACGGUCCUGAGGCGUCGCAAGGCCAACAGUUUCGAGCUGGCCACCCUUCUGUGCAGCUAUCUGAUAGGAAAUGGAUUUGCGGCGUGCGUGGUGUCCGGUUACGCUACGCGGGAGAUCGUCAACAACGACCAGCGCCGGGUUGCCUGCCCGUACGUGCCGCAGGAGGAGCAGGAGCAGGACCAGGAGUCCAAAGGGAGUCCCGAGGGCGUUGAACCGCCAAGCAAGUACCAACUGCGAGCUCCACCUGACCUGCGCAGCCGCUACCUGCUCGAGCUGGAGGAGGAAAAGCUGGCCAAGAUCAAGGAGGAAGAGCGCAAGCGCUACGAGGAACGCCUCCGCGAGAUUGAAGAUCUGGAACGUCCCGCGGAAGAUCCGAAAGAGGGUCACCGAAUUCACGCCUGGGUCGUGGUCAUUCUGAACGCCCCCUGGUGCUACAAGCCCGGCUACCGUGAGACCACAAUCGAUCAAAACACCGGCGAGAAGGUCCUCCUCCCACCCAGCGCCUUCUUCAUCGAGCCAGCGUCCGGCUUCCGCUUCGAGGUGGACUCCCCCAACUACCUGGGCAUCGAGAGCGUCUGGAACCAGUACAACUAUUACGUCAACAAGCAGGACCCCAUCAGCGACAUCAAGAACAUGCGCUGGGAUUUCAAGCACACCCAAGACUGGGAGCACUUCCUCCCAGGAGAACCCUUCGAACUGCGCGAGGACUGCGUCGUCCCCGAAGACCAGGAACCCAUGACCACCGAGGAAGAACUGGAAAAGGAGAAGCACCUGGACCUCCCCGCCUCCUGGGUGGCCCCCCUCACAAUAUCGAUGGCCAACUUCGAACAACGCUACCCCGGCGGAGCCAAGGUCAUCUUUUUCAAGCGAUCGAUCUACGAGCGAUUCGCCCCGUACUCGAACCUCGUCGGACUCGUCAAGCGGCUGACACUGUUUCAAACGCUGGACUACGAACACCCCGUGACCCGUUGGGAGUGGUACAUCAACCGGGAUGACUCGCUGGAGAUGAUCGUGUACGAGUUUGGAGCGCGGGAUAUUGAGGAGCGGUUCGCGCGGGGACGGGCGGAUUCGUUGUGUGCGUUGAGGCGCAGUUCGGAACCGAAUCGGGAGUGUCGGUUGACGUUCUUUCAUCAGUACAGGUUCGAUUCGCUGCGGGAGCUCGUGUAUCAUCCGACGUACGUGAAGGAGCACUACGAGAGGAGGGAGGAUUUACUGUACUACAGAGAGUUCAAAAACAUUCCAAGAGAUACUACAACCAGCGAAGAUUGCAAGCUUACGCAAAUAACGGAAAAAUAUCACCGCAACGUGGCCAAGGAAGCGGUCCGGGACAUUGCGACGCGCACGUGUUUGGUCGACGAAAAUCGGAUCGUGCUGCAGUUCCAUUACGGAGACGACUGCAUCACGGCUUCUACAAGAGAGUUUAUCAAACCUCCAAAGUCGGAAAUGGGCGAGGAGGUGCCGUACGAUCCGAGCUGCACCUCCGGUUAUAUUUCCAACCCCUGGGACCCCCAACCAACCAAGCUGGAACUGUUCCUGCUCCUCAACGAACAGCUAAAAGCCGAAGACGCUUCCACGCGUGCCUUCUACCGCCGAGUGGUCGAAAUCGAAUCCCUCCUAAAGGAACGCCGCAAGCAGAUCGAAUCCCCCAAACUGUCCUUCAGCCUUUUUGACCCCCUCCGAAAUUCGGAAGCCCGUCGAAUGCGCCUGGAAAAGUACGAACAAACCAAGGCUCGCGAAGAGCUCAUCAAGAAGCAACAGGCGGACUUCCUCGCACCCUACCUGCUCCGACUGGACGGAAGUCCCGCGGCCAAGGAACGCCUAAUGGCCGCCUAUCAGGACUGCAAGGACGAUCUGCGCCAGUUCUACCACAAGCUGGAGGACGAAAUGCGCGUCCGGUUGGACGAGCUGGCCUCGGAGGAGCACUCGCUGAAGCGGUUCUUGGCCAAGUUCCAGGAACACUUUGAGGACGAAGAGUACGAGAAGUUUAUCAUGGAGGGGGAGAAUAUCGAGCUGAACAAGAACGUGGUUCAGAUGAGGAUUGAGAACUUGAGGGACGAGUAUCGGCACAAGGCGGAACAUUUGGACCGGGCGCUGUACGAGGACGAGAGGUUGAACGGGAGGGUGCCGGCGGAGGUCAAGUUUGAGGAGAAGUGAUUGAUGUUGUUUGCCAUUGUGUGUGU